AUGACAAACACCGCCGCCAAACCCGUGUGCUCCAACUGCGGUAAGACCCCGCCCAAGCUCAUGAAGUGCUCGGCCUGCAAGGACAACCGCAACUGCGUCCGCUACUGCGACCGCAAGUGCCAGAAGAAACACUACAAGGAACACAAGGAGGACUGCCGACUGUGCGUCACGAAGCUGCAGGCCGACGACGCGUACGCCGCCUACGGGCGCGAGUACGCCGCGUCGGAUCGAGCGCAGCGCGAGGCCAAUUUCAGGAAGCACCUCGAACACCUGGCGAUCGCGAACGAGUACGCGACCAAGGCGCUGUCGCGUUACGAAAGUCUCGGCACGAGGUCCGCCGGGAUCCGGCUCGAGCUCACCGCGAACAUCGCGCUGGGCCUCGCGGCUCACAACCGCUUCGACGAGGCCAACGAGAUGAUCCAACGCGGCUUCGACGCGCUCGCCGUCGCCAAGGCCGAGGACGUGUCCGUGGAGGUCUACUGGACCCACAUGGGCAAGACCAUCAGCGGCGAAGGCGGCGGCUGCGUGAGGGACAAGACCACGGGCGCGACGAGGGUCACGCGGGAGGGGUGGGACAGGAUGACGAGCGCGUGCGAGGCGUACCUGUGGACGAUCAAGAACCAGGUCUUGCUGCAGCAGUGCAGGGACGGGUCGUUGACGCUGCCCUGCGGCGUGUGCCUGGAGACGAUGACCGAGUGCAAGAAAGUCGACGAUCCAAAGUUUGAGCGACACGAGGUCUUACCGUGCAAGCACAUGGCGCACGUCGGGUGCCUGCCCGUUGGGUACGAGCGUGCCUGGCCGCCCGGGUACCUCGCCCCGGGCAAGCCCACGGACAUCGGCCUGUGCAGGUACUGCGCCGUCGUCGGCCAGCCGCACUGCGCCGUGCGGGAGAACGCCAAAGCCUCCACCACGUGGGAGACUUUCGAGGAGGUCGACGCGCGGCGGGAGCGAGAGGCGGCGACGUUCGAACGCGAGAGGGUCCAGCGGAAGGUUGUCAAGGCGCUGGGCGUCGACCCGUACGAGCUCGUGGAGGAGAUGAUGGAUCAGUGCGGGGUGGACGACGGGCAUGCGCCCGACGUGGCGAAGAUGGCGAGGCUGGCGGGGCGGGUGCGGGAUAAGAUGGCUACGCUGCCCCCGGAGGAGCAUCGCAAGGUGGUCAAGUUGAUGCAGAAGCACAUGCGCGCGAUCGAGGCGGAGGGCGGGUUUGACGCCGAGCACACGGAUCGGAUGAGGACCGCGGUGAGGGAAGGGAGACUCGAGGACGCGUUCAGGGAAGAGGCCCGGAAGCAUCUUGAGUCUAGAAACGUUUAA